AUGAGAUAUGGCAUUUGGAAUUGGAAUGAGAUGCCCAGAUUUGCUGGGCUGCAAAGGUCACGGAAGAGUUGCAGGCUUCGUUGGAUGAAUUACUUGAGACCUGAUAUAAGGCAUGGAAACUUCACCAGGGAAGAAGAAACCAUAAUCCACUUUCAAAAGAAGCUCGGAAAUCGAUGCAACUCAGCAUCAGCAACCACAGAAACCCAAUCCAGUAUUGAGGAGAAUUCGUGUAAUGCUGAAUCCUCAAGCUUGCUGAUUAUUCCUACAAUGGAUGACUUCCCAGAACAAUCGAGUUACAAUAGUACUUUUUCUUCAUCUGAAAACUAUUGGGAGAUGCUGAGUUUUAUGGAGCAGCCAUUAAUAGCACAAGGCUUCGAAUUCGAUUGUGAAGCAUCAGCAACCACAGAAAACAAUUCCAGUAUUGAGGAGAAUUGGUGA